GUCACCGGCUGGAAUGAAUCAGGCUCCGGCUUGCUUCUCAUCACCUGAGAAUUCGUAAUUCACCUUCGUCCUUCACCGCGAAACGAGGCUUUGCAAUCUUUACUGCCUCACGUUCCAUCUCCGCAAGCACUUUGGUGAACCACGCCCCGACUCGACCUGUCCCUUGACGCCCUUGACGAUCGCCAUCCAUCAUGACUCCCCCACAACCGCAGCCGCAGCCGCACCAGCAGCAAUAUCACAACCACUCGCCGCCUCAAAACCAACAUCAACAUCCUCCGCAGCCGCCGUACUACUUCCGGCAGUACCCUCCGCAGCCGUAUAUCCACGAUCCCACCGCCCCCCGUCCUCCGCGCCGCCGCCCUCCCAGCGCCGUGUCGGUGGUGCUCUUCGCGCGGCCGUUCUCGCUCGUCAUCCCGGGCGUCAUCGUCGUGCUGAACAUCUGGUGGAGCGUCUCGCAGCGGGUCUGCCCUAGCGAUGCCAACGUUGGCGAUACGUGCUUCUGGUUGCUCUGGCUUAGCUUGCCUAUUGCCACCCUCUCCUUCGUAUGGGCCAUCGCCUCCAACAUCUCUGCCCGUAGAGCCUCCCACCACAUGUCCCACAUCCCACCGCGCGUCCACGCCGCCAUACAGCUCCUCCUUGCCAUCGGUGCUACCAUCUGCUUCAUCUUGCUCAUAUACCACCUUGUGCAUUUCAAUAUCUGGAGUCGGUCGUCCGAAGGCGCCAUGGCUGCCCUAUUGGGCAUCCUCAUGAUCGCCGACUGGGUCAUUUUUGCCUGGGCAGCCUACGAAAUCACAUUGGACCGUCGCGCACGCCAACUUGCAGGAAGCCAAAUUCCCAUAUGAUUCAUGCCCGUCCAGAAUACACUGCUCGACUGAUUUUUAGAGCUAACUAUGCGACGAAACGAGGACCACUCCAGUCGCCACCUAAAAGAAAACAUAAACAGACCGCUACCCAUUCCUAUAC